CCUGCACUGUCACCAAGAUUAAUUACCCCUCAACCCCUUUGGAUGGGAAAGUAAGUCAUUUUAUUAAGUUUGAUUAAAGCUUCAAGAGACAUUGUUGGCUGUUUCAGGACUGCUGACAAAGCAUCCUGCUUAUUUCCUGAAAAGACAAAUUAUAUGUAAGAAGGGCCAAGCCCCGCAGAGGGGUCCUCUUAGCCUCAGACCAUCACGUGGUGAUGUCCCGCACACAGGCGUGGCCAUCGCCCGGCGGGAGUGAAGUCGGCCCUAGCAGGCCUGGAGGCCCCCCUGGGAAUCCCUGCCUCACCUUGUGACCGAGCCUCCGUCUCCGGGAUUUUUCUUCCAAAUCCCCCCUGGAAGGCGUGAUUUCCUCCAGCCCAGCCAGCCCCGGGAGGUGCCCGUCCGGACGGCAGAAAUGGUGACCAUGAGAAAGAGGACUCUCAAAGUGCUCACCCUCCUCGUCCUCUUCAUCUUCCUCACCUCCUUCUUCCUGAACUACUCCCACACCAUGGUGACCACCACCUGGUUUCCCAAGCAGAUGGUCGUCGAGCUCUCGGAGAACUUCAAAAAGUUCAUUAAAUACACGCACAGGCCUUGCACCUGCACCCACUGCAUUAGCCAGCAGAAGGUGUCGGCCUGGUUCGACGAGAGGUUCAACCGGUCCAUGCAGCCGCUGCUGACCAUGGAGAACGCGUUCUUGGAGAAGGACACAUACAGGUGGUGGCUGAGGCUCCAGCGGGAGAAGCAACCCAAUAACCUGAACGAUACCAUCAGGGAGCUGUUCCAGGUGGUGCCCGGGAAUGUGGACCCCCUGCUGGAGAAGAGGUCGGUGGGCUGCCGGCGAUGUGCCGUGGUGGGCAACUCCGGCAACCUGAGGGAGUCCUGGUAUGGGCCUCAGAUCGACAGGCACGACUUCGUGCUGAGGAUGAACAAGGCCCCCACGGCGGGCUUUGAGAUGGACGUCGGGAGCAAGACCACGCACCAUCUGGUGUACCCCGAGAGCUUCAGGGAGCUGGCGGAGAACGUCAGCAUGGUCCUGGUCCCCUUCAAGACCACCGACCUGGAGUGGGUGGUCAGUGCCACCACCACGGGCACGAUCUCUCACACCUAUGUUCCUGUCCCCGCAAAGAUCAAAGUGAAAAAGAAUAAGAUCCUCAUCUACCACCCGGCCUUCAUCAAGUACGUCUUCGACAGCUGGCUGCAGGGCCACGGGCGGUACCCAUCCACAGGCAUCCUUUCCAUCAUCUUCUCGCUACACAUCUGCGAUGAGGUGGACUUGUAUGGCUUCGGGGCAGACAGUAAGGGGAACUGGCAUCACUAUUGGGAGAACAACCCAUCGGCGGGGGCUUUUCGCAAGACCGGGGUGCACGAUGGAGACUUUGAGUCCAACGUGACGGCCACCUUGGCGUCCAUCAAUAAAAUCCGGAUAUUUAAGGGGAGAUGACGCUGCCAAGGAGCCCCAGAGCCCGCCUCUCCGUGGCCAGCCCCAGCCUCUCGCUGGAGCCGUUCUGACCCGGGAACUUUGAGGGCUGGUCUCGGGGGUGUGUUCAGGUGCCCCUCGCGGCCUCUUGCACUCCAGCAUUUGGCAGCAUCUACUCAGCAGGGCCCCCAAGCCCUGCCGGCUCUGCAGAGGGAGUGUCAGAACUGGCCUUGGAUGGGGAGACCCCCCUCAGUGCUGUCCUGCAGCUGGGGGAAGGUGGGGAGAUGCGGGGGAGAUCCAGUCUCCAAACGCUAGAGUCAUUUUGGC